AUGCAGUGCUCCAAUUUCUCAACAUCACCUGAAAACAAAGUUAGAAAUGACAUAGCUUUAGGGAGAAACAAGGCCGAAGAAAUGGUAUUCGUCGGUGUCGCAGCGGAAGUAAUCUUGGCAUCUUACCUGUCUCCCAGCAGAGUCCCGACACCGAAAUUUGGAAAGCGGUUGAGGCCACGUAUCCACAGCACAACUCCUGGGCGAGAAGCGCCUUCGCCUCCCGCAUUUCAAUUCAUCCCAACGCAGGACCCGCAAAGCCAACUCCCCAAGUCCAGUCCGGCGCUAAAAGAGAUAUCAAACGAAGAGCAUGAUCUUAGGACAAUGUCCAUCAUAGCAUCUUGCCUGUCUCCCAGCAGAGUCCCGACACCGGAGUUUGGAAAGUGGUUGAGCGAGAACUUGCAUCUCCGAGUGGAAAAGAUUGGUGCUCUUCAUUAUGGGACUGACUUUGGUAUUUUGCGUCCAGAAAGGCAUACUGGGCGACAAACCGGGUCGCCACCAUACCUGCGGUGCUUCUUCAACAGUCUAUGCGAGACGAAGGUCAAGAAGCUUGUGUCAAGUGUAGUCAUAGCUGACGAUGAUGCUAUAGCCCACACUCUAGCAGUUUACUGUCAUGCUUAG